AUGACCAGCAUUGCACUCGCUCGCGCCUACCAACAGUCCUUUGAUACCCACCCGUACGGCACACUCGCCGUCACCAACGGCGCGCUCAAUGCUUUUGGCGACUUUGUCGCGCAGAUAGCCCAGAAGACGCUGGGCCCUAAUAAGACUUGGGAGGACCGGCAGAGGCAGCAGUAUGAUGUCUUGCGGACGCUGCGGUUCUUUGCGUUUGGGUUCACAAUGGGUCCUGUUAUUGGGCGAUGGAACAUAUUCCUCGAGAGGCGCUUCCCGCUCCGAACCGUGCAGACAGGCUCGUCAGCAGGCAAGGUCAGCGCUCGUGCGCUGACGAAGCGCGUCGCCGCCGACCAGCUGUUCAUGGCUCCCAUUGGUCUGGUGGCCUUCCUGGGUUCCAUGGGCGUCAUGGAGGGUCGCGACGCAGCCCACAUCAAGGGAAAGUUCCGAGACCUCUACGUACCUGCCAUCACCGCCAACUGGCAGGUAUGGCCGAUCGCACAGCUCAUCAAUUUCCGGUACAUGCCCUUGCCGUAUCGCGUACCCUUCCAAUCGACGUGCGGUGUCUUCUGGACCCUGUAUCUGUCAAUCCUCAACGCCAAGGAGGACCAGAUGCAAGAUCAACAGGACGCCCUCCAAAAGACGCGCGGUUAAACACUUUCCACCCUCCUCACCGCUCCCACCCAUAGACGACGUUACUCGCCACUAGUAUUGACUUAUUCUCUACCUCACUGUAUCAAUAGCGCUCUCUCCUUCGCCUUCGAUUCUCGCCCAGGGGGUACUUCAAUUACCGAUCGGCAUAAUAUACUUUUAGCACUACCGAUACACGCUGUACAUACGCAGCUUCAGGCGCUGCAUGUAACGAUACAUUAAUGACGACGACCGAGUGUCUCCAUCCAUCAAUGAGGAUCACGUAGCACCGUACUUCGGCUUGAAGUAAGCAGGCGGCAGCUUCGUGAGGACGUCCACCAGCGGCCGCUCGACGACGACGAGCUCGCCCGGAGCGAGGAAGUCAACGAGCAGAAGCGGGCGAUAAUGCGUGAUCAGCUUAAAGUUCGUCUGCUGCAGGUCAUGCCGGCCCUCGUCCGAGGUGACCCUGCCACCGUCGUGCUUCGCGCUCUGCCGCCUCCGCUUCUUCGAGAACCCGCCCCACCCGACGGGCGCGUCCAGCUUCACCUUGCAAAUCCACG